UUGAAUUUAAGUUGUUUUUUCAAGCGAGUGAAAGGACACAGUAAUGUCAUUGGUUGCACCCACUUUACGUCUCCGACAUAAUGCGUGGAACUGUUUUGAUUGGACACUUUACAAAAACAACCUUCCCCAUUCGAUGCUUUCCACGACACCCCACCCACCCCUGUCAAUGAAUUGUUUGUAUUUAUUCUGGCGGAAAAUAUAAUACUGGACUUGUUGCCUGUCAUCAUGGAAGGGCAUUUGAGGUUGUCUGUGUAUCUUUUGAGAAGAAAGAGAGCCCGGCAGUUUUGUGAUAACUGUAACAAUAUUGUUUCACAUGCCAAUUUUUAUCAUCACAAAAAAAUGUUUUUUCAUAAUGGAGUUUGGAUCAAAGAUGCUACAACCCAAGACAAGUCAAGAGUGGAAAAAAAAUAUUGAGUUAGAAGAUUGAUCCAUCAGAAGUGGAAAUUGCAUGGGAUGUCCCCUUAGAGAACUUUAGCAGCCUAGAAAAAGGAAAUCUGUGCAUGCCUGAGGAAGACAUGCAUUUCAGUGAAAAUCCAGACUCACCAGAAGGACUGCUUACUUCACCAUCAGUUUCUGAUGAUAUGUAUGGCACAUGGGAUGAUUCAUGUGCCACAUCCCAGUCUUCUGCUGGAUCUCAGCCACUGUUCUAGAGAGAAUGUUGGGUGAAGCAGAGAGUGGAGAGAUCCCCAAGACUCUGACUCAAAUGUUUACACACUUCCUGAUCUUUCAGAUUAAACACAAGGAUGAAAAGUACCAUCAGAAACAUGACCCUGAUCCUCAGCAGACCAGAGAGAGUAUCCUGGCACUGGGGAAACUGGCUUUCCAGCAGCUGGAGAAAGGAAACCUGAUCUUCUAUGAGGAAGACCUGAGAGAGUGUGGCAUUGAUGUCAGAGAAGUGUCAGUGUACUCAGGAGUGUGUACCCAGAUCUUCAGAGAGGAGUUUGGGCUUCACCUGGGGAAGGUGUUCAGCUUUGUACAUCUGAGUGUUCAGGAGUUUCUGGCUGCUUUAUACGUGUUUUUCUGCUUUAAAUUUAGAGAGACAAAUGUGCUUGUGGAGCAAAGCACUGGACUUUUUAAUUUCUUCAGAAAUCCAAACAUGUCUGAUCUCCUCAGGAGUGCAGUGGACAAGGCCUUACAGAGUGAGAAUGGACACCUGGAUCUGUUCCUCCGCCUCCUUCUGGGUCUCUCACUGGAGUCCAAUCAGACUCUCUUACGAGACUUAAUGCCACAGACAGGAAGUAGUUCUCACAGCAAACAGGAAACAGUGGAGUACAUCAAGGAGAAGAUCAGGGAGAAUCCAUCUCCAGAGAAAUCCAUCAAUCUGUUCCACUGUCUGAAUGAACUGAAUGAUCAUUCUCUAGUGCAGGAAGUACUGACUUACAUGAACAGAAAAAAAUACUUUUGUCUCAGUGGAUCCAGACUCUCUCCUGCUCAGUGGUCAACUCUGGUGUUUGUGUUACUGACCUCAGAACAGGAGCUGGAUGUGUUUAAUUUGAGUAUAUAUGAUCCAUCAGAUGAAUGUCUUCUGAGACUGCUGCCAGUGGUCAAAGCCUCCAGAAAAGCUGAGUGAGUAUUUUUAUUUAUAAAUGUAUUACUGCAUGGUUUGUUAUUUUAAUGUAACACUGAACUGCACUGUUUGGAUUAAUGCUUGUUAAUAGUUCCUCUAAUCCUCUUUAAACAAACCUCUGGUACUUUUACAGAAGAUUGUUUCACUUUUUACACUAACACGUCAUGUCUGCACUGAGGGCUGGGACAAAUGGACAAAAUUUUAUGGAUUAGGAUAUAUGUAAUGAUUGGCCAGAGGUGUAUGGUGUAUCCAUUUGCGGUUUAUUAGAAGCAACAUCAGGCAGAAUCGAAGUCAAAAACAAAUGCGGGUCAAAACCGGAAAAAAACACUGAAGUGAGGAAAACAAAACCGAAAGCGCAAAACGAAGUGAGAAGACAAAAAAGGCAGGCACAAUCAUACACAGAAAUACUUAUCAGAGACGACGCAAGAUCAGAAGUCGGGAACCAGGCAAGAAUCAUACACAAAACUUAACAAUAGCAAUGAAUGCUCAGUAUGUCAUAGGAGGAUGAUAUUACGUGACAGUCAUUGUGUGAGUGCGGUUUAUAUGUCCAUGGGAAACAGGAAGUGAAUCACAUGAAUAAUUAGUUUUCUGGGGAAGGUUCUCUUUGAUGUACAAGUUCAUGUUGGGAUGUUACAGCACCCCCCCCUCUAGGAACACCUCCCAGUGUUCUAUGACGUGGUCUACCCUGAGGGUGGGGGCAGGGUGGCCUGGGUGUGCCAAAUGGAAGUCCACCAUCAAGGAGGGGUCAAGGAUGUCAGUAGAGUCCACCCAAGAGCAAUCUUCUGGGCCGUAGCCCUCCCAGUCAACCAGGUACUGGAGGCAGUUUUGGACACGCCUAGAGUUCAGAAGGGCGCGCACCCUAUAGGCUGGAGCCCCAUCUAUGUCCAGCAGGGGUGGGGAAUCACCAAGAGUGGAGGCGUUCGAUGGGGAUCAUGGGCGGGCUUGAGAUGGGAGACGUGAAUGGUGGGGGAGAUGAGGUAUGUGGGCGGGAGCCGAAUGUGAUAUGAAACCAGGUUGACCUGGCGGAUGAUGGUGAAGGGGCCAAUGAACCUCGGGCUCAGCUUACGGCAUGGGAGCCAGAGCUUUAAGUUGCGAGUUGGUAGCCAGAGUAGUUGCCACACCCUGUAGGCGGGGUGCGGGCGGCUGCAAUUAGCCAUAGCUCUCUGUCUCCUGACGUCCCAUUGCAGAUGGACAUGAGCCCUCUCCCAAACUUCCUGGCUGCGUCUCGACCACUCCUCAAUGGCCGGGAUGGAGGAGGGCUCCCCAGACCAGGGAAAUAAUGGCGGUUGGUAGCCCAGGACACAUUGAAACAGUGUGAGCACUGUGGAUGAGUGGGUGAGUGAGUUCUGGGCAUACUCAGCCCAGGGGAGGAACUCGCUCCAGCAUUGUUGUUCAUGGCUGCAAUAGGAGUGAAGGAACCACCCAGUUACUUGAUUUAGUCUCUCUGCUUGACCAUUUGACUGUGGAUGAUAUCCUGAGCUCAAACUCACAUUGAUGCCUAACUGUGUACAGAAAGCCCGUCAGACGUGGGAUGUGAACUGAGAGCCCCGGUCAGAUACAAUGUCCUCUGGUAAUCCAUAGUUGCGGAAAACCUGGUGGAACAGUGCGGUUGCCGUUUCCAUGGCAGUGGGUAAUCCCUUGAGGGGAACCAUCUUACAUGCUUUAGAGAAAUGGUCUAUUACCACUAGGAUCGUGGUGAACCCACUAGAGUCAGGGAGAUCCGUCAGAAAGUCCACCGCGAUAUGUGACCGGGGACAAUGUGGAAUGGGCAGUGGUUCAAGGAGACCCUCGGGGAGCUGACGACUGGUGUGUGACUGGGCACAAACAGUACAAGACCUGACAUAAUCCACCAUGUCAUCACAUAAUGAGGGCCAUCAGAAACGGUGUUGUGUUAGCUAUGUGCUGCGACAGAUUCCUGGGUGGCCAGUACUGGGCGAUUUGUGCACCCACUGUAAUACUCUUGGGCAACUUGGCUGGUGGGCAGGCUGCAGGCAGGGCUUCCUCUGUAUGAGCCCUCCUGAUCUCCUCCAUCAAAUCCCACUGUAUAGGAGCUAGAAUAACAGAGGAUGGCAGAAUGGGGUCUGGCUGGGGCAAAGGACUUUUUGGCCUCCAUUUGGCGGGAUAGCGCAUCGGCCUUGCCGUUCUUGGAA